GGACUUUAAGGUUUUUUUUUUUUUUAGUUUUAGUAUUUGUUCUAAUUAAAAUUACCGCUAAUAUUAAGAAAUGUAACUGAACAGAAAACAUGUAUUUAAAAUAUAUUCAACAUUUGUGACCGUAGUGGUCACUUUUUUCUGGACUGGUUUCCAGGGGGACUUAUUUUGCAGGUCGGAACAAAUCUCUGACACAAACGAAGUUGAGGGUGACAUUUCUGCUUGCGUACUUUUAAGUUCAACGCCUUUGUGGUUUAACGCCUCAAAAAAUGUGUUCUUCGAAAGCUCGGUGUAACCGAGGUUAUACGGAACACGCGUGACAUUGACUACCGGUGACUUUCAGUGAAGGCCACCAUGUUUCCCUUCAUUAGGGGUCUCACUUUUUCUCCCCUGACGCGACACCUGCAAGUGUUCCCACACUCCUUCUACGUCCGCUCAUUGCGAGCUCACCACCGGCUUCGACAUGGAGCCCCUCGCGCCGGCAGAACCGUUCUCGUCCCAGAUGUUGCCAUCGGGAUGGUUUUGUCCAAAACUCCAUACCGCCUGCAGCUUCCUCCAUGUAUGGGUCAGUUUCAUACUUCGACCCGGUUGAAGGCCUUACCUGCUCCUCUCAUCUGGAUGGUGCUCAAGCCUGUCCAAAAACUCGUGGCUAUCAUAAUGGGAAGGAGUAUAAGGAAGUGGUGGAUGGCGCUGCCCGACAAUCGGCGUCAACUCUUUCGCCAGUGGGCGUGGCAACAGCGCUGGCGGCUGGUGGCGGUGGUGGUCACGGCCGCCGCUAUCACGGUCCUCCUCCUCCUUACGCAUUUGGACCAGUCGCCGGUGACCGGCCGCACACGUCUGCUGGUGUUCAGCCGGCAGAACUACAUGGAGCUGGCGACCUUCACUUCAGAGGCGUACAUGGAGGAGUUUGACAAGCUGCUGCUUCCCGAAAGCGAUGCUCGCCACCAAACGGUGGAGCGGGUGGUGCAGCACCUGGCCCAACGUAACCAGGACCUUCCCGAAAUGGCCGACGUGAACUGGAGCGUCCACGUGGUGCGGAGUGACAACACCAACGCCUUUGUGCUCCCGAACGGAAAAGUGUUCAUAUUCACCGGCAUGCUAAACGUUGUGGAAGAUGUCCACCAGCUCACCAUCGUGCUUGGACACGAGAUGGCUCAUGCUAUACUGGGACAUGCCGCGGAGCAAGCCAGCCUGUCCCACGUGGUGGACCUCCUGUCCGUGGUCCUUCUGGCCGCCAUCUGGGCCGUGUGUCCCCGCGACAGCUUGGCGCUGCUGGGCCAAUGGGCCCAGGACAAGCUCACACAGUUGAUGUUCAACCGUCCAUACAGCAGGAAGUUGGAGGCCGAGGCGGAUCAAGUCGGCUUGCAGUUGGCGGCAAAGGCUUGUGCGGACGUGCGGGCCGGUCCCGUCUUCUGGCAGCAGAUGGAGAUCAGGGAGCAGCUGAGUGGAGAGCCCAGCUUGCCCGAGUGGCUGUCCACCCAUCCGUCGCACAAGAACCGCGUUGCGCAACUGGACCGCCUCGUGCCACAAGCGCUGGAGCUAAGGGAGAGCUGCACGUGUCCCGCCCUGCCGCCCACCGACCCCCGCGCCAUCUUCUCCAAGAGCGUGCACUUGUUGCUGGAGGACGCCAAGGCCCGACCAGGUGGGGGCGGCACGCCGUUGCCUCAACGCAGGCCCACCGGGGAGCCGGCCCCCGCGGCUCUGCUCGCCCAAUCCCCGCCACCUCUUCCAUCCGGCGCGAGUCUGCGAGACAGUCAAGCGGAGCCGUGAAGGCGGCUCCGGAAAAGUUCUGAUGCUGCUCGGUGGGACUCUCGUAGAGACCGAGGCGCCAUCUUUUUAACGAUGAUUGUCAAUCGGACUGACUUGUCAGUUGUCAGACUUUUUAAAACCUAAGACUGAAGCAAAAUCUCCUUCUGAAAACUGUGGAAAGAUGCUGACAAAGCAAAAUGUGUCCAUGGGUCAACCAGAAGACAAUUUAGAUACCGUUGCAGACUUUGUGUUUUGUUUGUUGUUUCUCUCUCUUUUCUUUCCACGCUCCUGUUUGAUGAAAUUUGCAUAUCAAACAAAUUAUGGAAUAUAAAUAUUCUUUUCAAAAAGACAA